AUGCACUUUCCCUCAAAUUCACCCUUCACUGAAGUCCACGGUUUUUUCCUUGAAUGCGUCCUGCUUAACUUGCAUCUUCGGAGGUACCCUCCUGCCAGACAAUAUCAGUAUUCGUUCUGGAAAUGGGCAAUACGUCACUUGGAGGAACUUGUUGUUGGCGAGGAUGCUGAGAUUGACCCACGAAUCUAUUCUCAUCUCAUAUCUGUUAUGCCACAAUCUAUACCAGGGAACAUAGGAUUUCCUCCGCCCUCAGAGACCUACGCGACGUAUUUCUGGAAGUCGGAGGGAAUCCCCCACGGUGCGACGGCUCUUGAUAGGGUGACCGUCCUGGAGUCUCGCACCGUGAUUGAGAGCGGCACGACUGGUUUGAGGACAUGGCUUGCGAGCUACGUUCUGGCUCACUAUCUGAUCUUACAUCGAGCGCUAGUACAGGGUAGACGAGUCCUUGAAUUAGGCUCCGGUACCGGCCUUCUUGGGUUGGUCAUUGCUGCUCUGCAACAGCAUCCUGGUCAACGAGAGCUUGCACCACCGUCUACUCUGUGGCUUACUGACGUCAACAGUGCAGUGUUACAGAGAUGCCAAGAUAACAUCAGACUUCCCUGCAAUUCAUCCUCACGUCACCCAAAUCUCAAAUGCCGACUGCUGGACUGGACGGAUGCGGUUGAUCCUCUUACCCGUCCUUCAGUGCAAACCUCAUUGGCUGAAAUGGAUUUAGACGUUGUCGCUGGGGCUGAUCUCGUUUAUGAUCCCAGUAUCAUUCCUGCGUUGCUCGAGACCCUCCAUUUAGCCUUGGAAUCCCGAAGUACCCCUCCGCCUGCGCCCCAAAGUCGCGCAGUUGCGUUCGUCGCUUUAACAGUCAGAAACAAGGAGACUUUUGCCCGAUUCUCGCGAGCAGCUGGAGACAUGUUUCUAGUGGAAGAAUUGGACAAUGGUCUGAACGGGGCAGAUGUGUUUUUACACGGGCCAGAACUCGAUGCUUUAUAG